AUUAUUCUAUACGCACAUUUCCUAAAUAGAAUCUCUCUCCCUUCUAUAAACCCAUAUCCUAGGGCGCGCUUUUUUCCGGUCUUCCCUCGCCACCGCAUCUCCGCCGCAGCCACGCCGACUCCGUCACCAGCGCCGCCUCUCCCUCUCUCCCUCUCUCCCUUUCCCCUUAACUUUAGACCCCACCCUCUCUCACUCAUUCUUCGUCUUUUAUCGUUCUUUCAUCGGUCUCAGCAAUGAGUUUCUCAGCAUGCGCAGAGCCAUCGCGUUGUUUCGCCGCGGCAACGGCGAAACCUCAUUCCGUCAAGUCCAAUGGUGCCUCCAUGGUGAGCUACAGCAUGCGCGCUCCAAUCGGCCGUUACGGCGGCGUUUCAUCAAUGUCGAGGAAGAGCAACAGAAUAGUUGCGGAAGCUGGUAAAGGUCUUACUUAUCGUGAUGCCGGUGUGGACAUCGACGCCGGCUCUGAACUUGUGCGCAGGAUAGCGAAGAUGGCGCCAGGGAUUGGAGGCUUCGGCGGCUUAUUCCCUCUCGGUGACUCGUACCUCGUUGCUGGCACCGAUGGCGUGGGAACGAAGGUGAUGCUCGCCUUCGAAACCGGAAUUCAUGAUACCAUUGGGAUUGAUCUGGUUGCGAUGAGCGUAAAUGACAUUGUUACUUCGGGGGCGAAGCCUUUGUUCUUCCUUGAUUACUUUGCCACUGGCCACCUUGACGUGGACGUUGCUGAAAAGGUUAUAAAAGGCAUUGUUGAUGGCUGUAAGCAAUCUGAUUGCGUUCUUUUAGGAGGAGAGACUGCAGAAAUGCCUGGUCUCUAUAAAGAAGGUGAGUAUGAUCUUAGUGGCUGUGCAGUUGGCAUUGUGAAGAAAGAUUAUGUAAUCAAUGGAACAAACAUUGUUGCUGGUGACAUUCUUAUUGGUCUACCAUCUAGUGGAGUUCACUCUAAUGGUUUCUCACUUGUAAGAAGAGUUCUUGCUCAAAGCGGUCUUUCAUUGAAAGAUCAACUUCCUGGUGGUGAUAUUACAAUUGCAGAGGCUUUGAUGGCCCCAACUGUUAUCUAUGUUAAACAGGUACUUGACUUAGUUAGCAAGGGUGGGGUGAAGGGAAUUGCCCACAUCACAGGUGGCGGUUUCACAGAUAACAUACCUCGAAUUUUUCCCGAAGGCCUCGGUGCUGUAAUAUACGACGGCUCAUGGGAAGUGCUUCCAGUGUUCAAGUGGCUUCAGGAGGCUGGGAAGAUAGAAGACUCGGAGAUGAGACGGACUUUUAAUAUGGGCGUAGGGAUGGUCCUGGUAGUUAGUCCAGAGGCAGCUAAUAGAAUACUCGAGAGCCGGGGCAAAACAGAGAAAUUCUACCGCAUGGGUGAAGUUAUAAAAGGCAAUGGUGUGACCUAUAGCUAAUUUUAAUCGAGUUUAAUCAUGUUGUACGUUUUUAAUACUUUCAUGAAAAUUUCUGUCUGGGAUUUGAAUUGUCUAUUUAUUUGGAGCCUAAUAACUUUUCCUGCAUAAAUUUUAUGAAAUUUGCAACAAUUUUGAGGAUGCA